AUGGUGUCUUGUCCCUUCCCCUUAUCCCAACUUCCCCACUUCUCAGUAUUCUUCAUUUCAAAGAAUUCCACCUCCAUUAUUCUCCACCUCAAAACUGUGCUCAGAAAGACAUUCCUGCUAACAUUCGAACUUGGGUCCUUGUUAUCGAUCAGGGUAUUGUCAGAUAACACUGAAAAUUUAGCAGAGGAAUACCCAGAGAGACAACGUUCUAGUGAGCUACAAUCCUCCUCCGAGGAGCCCUGUAGGAACACGAAUCCGGACCUCGAUUUCAACGACGUCUUUGGUUGGCCGUCGCGGCAGAAAGCCCAACACAGUUUCGGCAUGGAGCCAUUCGAGAACUACCCGGAAACGGCCCUGCUGAGGACGAGGUGGUCUUGGCUGUACGAGAAGCCUAUUUUCGGAGAGCAUCAAGGAGCGAAGAACAGAGAAGGAAGGAUUCAAAACUGA